AUGAACGGACGAGAUGUUAUAGGCGGUCGUCCCAUUUACUGGUGUCCUGGAGGAAAUGGCUAUCCACCCUACUGCCCUCGAAAUACAGAUAGCGAUGAAUACAUAUAUUGUUGUGGUUAUGGCUUCGAUAUUACUGUGCCAUCAUGUUGCAGAUAUCCUGUUCAUACUGGAUUGUUAUAUAGCCUUUAUGCUGGAGUUAUAGUCGUUUUUUUGAUAUUGUUAUUUUUCACAUGUUGGUGUUGCCCUUUUUGUCCUUUAGCUCGACGAGUUCAAGAAGUUUCGAAACGAAAUUUGGACUUCAAUAAUGAAGUGAGAAGCAAUCGACUGCUCCCCGAAGACCAAUUUUAG